UCGAAACAAUACGAAAAGAGUAUUUAAAGAAAUACCUCCAAUAGAUCGGCAUUCAGUUGAACAUUUGUCUUGAAUAACAACAUUUUUAUUUUGAAAAAUAUUAAUUGCUCAUUUGCAACACAGAAAAACCAUCGAAUAUGGAUGUGUUGAAUCCAUCAUGUGCUGCCCAGAGUGUGGGUCCAGCAAAUCAACUAUUUGGGCUGCUUGUUCAAACUAUUUUAGCCGCACAAUGUGCUAUUUCACCAAAAGAUAUGUGGCCGAAAGACUAUGGACCGACGGCCGUUGAACAAGGAUUGAAUGAACCAUUCGAUUUCAUCGUUGUUGGUGCCGGUUCGGCAGGUAGUGUUGUGGCAAGUCGCUUGAGUGAGAAUCCAAAUUGGAAGGUUUUAUUAUUAGAAGCAGGCGGCGAUCCACCAAUCGAAUCUGAGAUUCCCGGUCUUUGGUUUACACUUCAAAACAGCAGUUACGAUUGGCAGUACUUUACGGAGCCAUGCAACACAGGUGGCCUAGCACUAAAUAAUCAUCAGUCAUUUUGGCCGCGCGGUAAAACUUUAGGUGGAUCAAGUGCAAUGAAUGCAAUGCUAUACGUGCGAGGAAAUCGACGAGAUUUUGAUUUACACUGGCAGACAGCAGCUGGUGCCGAUUGGAAUUGGGAAUCGAUUUUAAAAUACUACACACGAUUUGAGAGCAACAACAACGAAGCAAAUCAUGCAUCGCUUAAUGUUGACAAUUAUCCAAGGACCGAAUUUGAUGAAUACAUAAAGUCAAUGCUGCAACACUCAUAUGAAGAAUUGGGCUUUAAACACUUAAACAAUUUUUAUGGCGAGAAGUUCGUUGGUUUCGGUCGUGCAAAAGGUAUUUUAAAUAAAUCUCAACGUGUUAGUUCAGCCAAAGCAUAUUUGCAUUCGAAUUUAGUCGAUGUUCGAAAUAAUUUGCAUAUUAUCAAAUUGGCGCAUGUAAAUCGAUUAAUCAUUGAUGAAAAAACGAAACAAGUAACGGGCGUUGAGUUUGUUCGUUUGCCAGAGCAAAAAACUGUUAUCGCUAAUGCGCGAAAAGAAGUAGUUUUAUCGGCUGGUGCGGUAAAUACACCGAAAAUUUUAAUACUUUCCGGCAUUGGGCCAAAAGCUGAAUUGGCAAAACAUCAAAUUCCAUUGAUUAAAGAGGCGGCGGUCGGUGAAAAUCUUCAAGACCAUAUAAUGGUACCGCUUAUUUUCUCAGUGCACAAAUCCACGGCAGUAUCACCCACUUAUCAAAUGUUGGCCGAGAAUUUUUUCAAUUAUAUCUUCCAUCAAAAUGGAUCGCUUUCGAAUAUGGGCUCAGUCGACUAUAUGGGUUUUAUAAGCACGGUAAACGAUACACUUUAUCCAGAUAUACAAGUAUUGAACUAUCUAAUACCGAAACAAUCUGCCGACGUUUUAAGAUUAAUUUUGGGCUUUUUUAAUUAUAAACAAAAUAUUGUCGACUCAAUUGUUACGGCCAAUUUAGAAGCCGACACAUUUUUCGCUUAUCCCGUUUUACUCAAUCCGAAAUCACAUGGUAAAAUAACAUUGAACAGCAACAAUCCACAAGAUCCGCCAAAAAUUCAGCCAAAUUAUUUGAGCAAUGCUGAAGAUGUUGAUACUUUUGUUCGUGCCGUUAAAAUUCUUGAAAAGAUAACGACCACAAAAACAUUAAAAGAGCAUGAAAGUGAAAUUGUGACAUUUGAAUUGGAAAAUUGUGAUGGUUUUGCUAGAGGCUCUGAUGAACACUGGGAGUGUUAUGUUCGUCACAUGCCAAUGACUGUUUAUCAUCCGACGGGAACAGCCAAAAUGGGAUCGAAUAAUGAUGGACGAAACGUAGUUGAUGCCGAACUUAAUGUGUAUGGGAUUAAAAAUUUGAGAGUGGCAGAUGCAAGCAUAAUGCCGGAAAUUGUUAGUGGAAACACCAAUGCUGCAACAGUUGUAAUUGGCGAAAAAGCAGCCGAGUUUAUCACACAAAAAUGGACAAAUGCUGAGACAAUUGUGUCAAAAGACGAACUUUAAAAUUGGUCCCCACAAAACUUGAAUACUCAAUUCAAAGUAUAACUUUCUUUUCACAUUUUUUGAAGAAAAAAAUUCUUUUUCAUUUAGAAGCAAUGCACAAAUUCUGAAUUUUUACUCUAUUUGAAACUCCAAACACAUUAAAAACAUAAAAUGUAAAAAAAAUCAAAAUUAAUUGUUGACUCGAACUUUGAUUGAAUUAAUUGUUGGUCGAAUAAAUAAAACUAAACCUGAUUGACAAUCUCAAGUAGUUUUAUCAAAUAAUUGUUACUUUGUUUUACAACAGUUCUCAUCGAAAAUCGAUUUAGUUGGAAAGCACUGUUAUCGCUACUACAUCAUGAUUAGAUGUGUUUAAUAAAACUGACAUGGAGUUGUGUGGUAUAUGAAAAAAUAUGUGCCACGAUGUGUUAUCCAACUCUUUUUUUAUUGGUUUGUGUGGAAACGGACAAUAAAACCUGCCUUAUUUUUUUUAUUUUUGACCAAGGUUAAUAAGAAAGAGAAAAAUUGCAGUAAGUGAACUUUUUGAUUAUUUCGCCAGCCGAAAAAACGGUUCAUCGUACUUUACGAUUUUUCUUUCAUAAAAUCUGGCGAACAAUUAAAGUCAUUGCUGGUCGACAUCGCAUUGAUUACAUAACGGAACCAAUGUGGUUGCCGAAAAGGUGCAAUUUAUGAUGCAGUUUUUUCCCCAAGAUAUAAUUUCGAGCUGUGUGAAUAUUGUUUGGCUCAGAUUGUGAAAUGUUGAAUAAUUUUGCAUGUUGUCCGGUUCUUGUUUAAUAUUUAUGUAAAAGAAACCUUUUUUUCUUCAUUUGUACAUCUAUUAAAAGCGACGUAAAAUAUUCAAAUUAAA